GAUUUAUUUUUAUAUAUUUACAUACAUAUAUAUACGUUAUUUUAUAUUGCGAAGUGGCGAUGAAUGCAACAGCCACUUGUCAAGCAGAGCUUUGUAGUGGAGAGAGAGAGAAUGGUGUUGUUGUUGAGAUUCAGAACCUAGAAAUCAUUGCAGUCAUACUAGUGGGAAGCAAAUGGGAUCAUUUCAAAGCUCAAAGCCCAUUUGCCCCAGCAACAAGCAUUGUUCGGAAUGGGUAAAGAAUAAUAUGAAAUACUGUCUUUGUGGUACGAAAGAUGGGGUUUCGCUUACUCUGGGAAUGAUUAGUGUUAUCAGUUGGGGUGUAGCUGAGAUACCCCAAAUCGUUACAAACUACAGGGAAAAAUCUUCUGAUGGCCUAUCUCUUGCCUUCUUGCUAACAUGGAUACUGGGAGACCUUUUCAAUGUCUUUGGUUGCAUAUUGGAACCAGCAACACUUCCAACUCAAUAUUACAUGGCAUUGGUAUGGUCUAAGUUGUAUACCAUCACAACAGGGAUUCUGUUUACACAGGCCAUAUAUUAUGGGCACAUAUAUCCUCAAAUGAAGUAUCGGCGAAGACAAUGCAAGGGUCUUGUUCACAGUGAGGCCAAUGCACAGAUUGAUGCACGUGAUAAAGCCCAACAGAGCUAUGGCAGUGUUAAUGUGAAUCAAGUCAACAAUGAUGACAUGAGCAAGUUCAAUACUUCAAAAAGAGAAAGUGCUUCCACUAGUCCUAUUCCUCUUCCAAUGCUUCGACAAAAUAGUUCCACGGGUCGAGAACUAUAUUACAUGUCAGCAAGAUCUCUAUCGAGGAGUCAUACUCCCACAUCAGGGUCUUUUUUAAGACAAAAAAUGACUCCUCCUUAUAUUCACAACCCAAUGCAAGAGCCUUUACUUGAUGGAAAUGAACCAUCGUCAGCUCCAAGACCUCCCAAUGUCAAGACAAUGUUAUGUUUGGUUUUCAUGUUGACAUUCUUUAGCACACUCAAUCACCAUCAUUCUGCAGAAAGCAGAUUUUACAGCGUCUCUGACAAUUCGAACAAAGGAUUUGUCAUACCAGUAGGAAGAAAGCUUUUACAGGUUGCUGGUGUGUUACAAAAUAACGUCAAUGAAGGCGGCGGCGGUGGAAUUGGAACUUAUCUUGGUUGGGCAAUGGCAGUUAUAUAUAUGGGUGGACGACUUCCUCAAAUUUGUUUGAAUAUAAAAAGGGGCCACGUUGAGGGUCUUAGUCCGUUGAUGUUCAUUUUUGCUUUAAUAGGGAACUCCACAUACGUUGCCAGCAUACUUGUAAGCAGUACAAGUUGGUCGAAGAUCAAACCAAAUCUCCCUUGGCUUGUGGAUGCAUUUGGAUGUGUGCUUCUAGACACUUUUAUACUAAUACAAUUUAUCUAUUUUCGCUACCGGAUACGUCAAGAUGAAAAAGAUAAGCUCGUGUUGCGAAAUGAAGCUUAGAAUUGAUGAUGAAGGAAAUGAAAUGAUCGCUAAGGUGAUUCAUUGUAUGAAGCAGCAAUAUACUGUGCAAGCAAUUGUUUACUUGGCCAAGUUAGGAGCUCUCUCGAUCUACUAAGGGUCAAGUUUGGAACACACAAAAUAUGCAAAAUUCAUGAUUGGUUUCUCAUUUUUUAGUUUUUUAGAGUUUGAUACUUGAUUUCUCAAGUUUUUUCAAGUCACAUUACAAAUGUGCACCCUAUUUGAUCAUAUUUUGCAUAAAUGGAUGGUGUUUUUUGGAAUAGUUUCAAAAUCCAUAUUUGAUAAAAAAGUUUUAGGGUUUAAUGACCAUAGAGUAUUCCCAACAAAACAUACUUUUUGGAUGUUGUAGGCUUGAAUCUCUAUUCCUAAUGCAAUACACACUUUUUAUCAGGAAAUCUUUUGCCUGAAAUGAAUAAAUGAAAGUUUUUAGGGGUGGAA